CCACCACCCAUUUUUUUCUUUUGCCUAUAAAUUAUUAUGGCAAAAAGUGUAUUACCAAUCUGUAAUUACUAUCUUAAUUAUAUCAUAGAAUGUUAAGUACGCCAGUAUUCUACUUGAAUGUAGAAGAGAAUUCCGCGGGAUUGCCGCCUUAUUCCGAUAAGAUUAUUCUACCUUCAUCAGUCUUACAAACCAUUGUGGAAAUAAUACCGGAAUCAGAUUUACCUCAUCCAUUGAUCUUUAAGAUUACCAAUGAACAUAAUGAAAAAUUCACUUAUGUAGGAGUUAAAGAAUUUUCCUCGGAAGAAGGCAUAGUUAUAAUGCCUAGUAAAGUGAAAACUAUACUUUCAAAGCCUCAAAGUAUAAAUUUAUCAUUACAAUCUAAUAUUCCUAAGGUUACUUCAUUAAAGCUUAAACCUACUCAAUUAUAUUCAAAUAUAACUAAUUGGAAGUAUUUUUUAGAAAGUGUAUUAUUGAAAUAUUAUACAGUAUUAACUAAUAGACAAUUGCUUAUUAUAGAAGAUGGUAAUUUCCAUUAUGAAAUGAAUAUAGAAGAAAUUAAUGAAUCUAAUGAUUCAAAUAUUGUGGCAAGUAUAAUUAAUACUGAUGUUACUUUAGAUAUAAUACCUCUAAAUGAUGAUAUGGCCAAUCAACAACUAUUAGAAUUUAAUUCUAAUCCUCAUAAUAAUAUUGUUGAAGUUAAAUCUUCAAUUAUUGUAAAUGAUAUUAAGUCCUUUCUUGGAGGCAAAUUUAUACCGAAGAUAUUUAAAUUUGAUAUUACAUCAUUUACAUCACCUAAAAUUUAUAUUAAACUUGAAUCUUCAGAUUUAUUCAAUGUAGAUCUUAUUGGUGGAUUUGAUAAAUUAACUAAUCUUGAGAAUUUCAAGUAUACCACCAUGAAUCAAGAUUCUAAUAUUGAACAGAAUAGUAUACCUUAUAAGUAUAUUGAAGUUGAUUUAAAAAGUGAUGAAAUAGUCAAUAAAAUAAAUCGACAUGAUGAAGAUGAUGAUGAAGAUGAUGAAUAUAAAUUCAUUUAUUUUAUUCCAUUUACAUGGGAACAAGAUGCCGAUAUAACAUUAAGUGUUAGUACUGAAUUGGAUUUGGAUUCAAUUAUUAAUCAAGAAGAAAUAGAAAUUAAUGAAAUCAGUGCAUCACAAAUACGAUGUCAGAAUUGUUUAAAAGUGAUUGAAAAGGAUAAAUAUUCUCUUCAUCAAGCAUUCUGUUUAAGAAAUAAUAAGAGAUGUCCACAGUGUAAUGAAAUUUUCUUAAGAGUUAUACCAGAAACUCAUUGGCAUUGUCCUCAAGAUACUUUCUAUAGUAAUUCGACAUUAUUAAGAUUCAAGCAUCAAAAAUUAUUUCAUUUACAUCCUUAUACAUGUAAUCAAUGUUCUAAAGGAGGUAGUUAUGAUAAUUUUCUUGAUUUAGUCAUUCAUCAUAAAGGUUCAGAAUGUCCUAGUAAAUUAAUACAAUGUCGCUUUUGUAAAUUAAUUGUUGCUCAAGAAGAAUCUACGUAUCAAGAUAAGUUUGAGAAUUUAACUCAUCAUGAGAAUUGGUGUGGAGGUAGAACUAGUGAAUGUUACAAGUGUGGACAAAUCUUUCGAUUAAGAGAUUUUAAAAAGCAUUUAAAAGUUCAUCAAUUACAAACUAAAGAAUUCAAUCAACUGAUUAAAGUCAAUUUCAAUAAGUGUGCUAAUGAGAAUUGUAUUAAUUUAAUUCAAAAUUAUAAUAAUAAUGAUUUAAAUUUAUGUGAUAUAUGUUAUGGACCUUUAUAUAUUCAACAAUUAGAUCCUACUAAUAUUAAAUUACAAUCGCGACUUGAGAGGAAAUAUAUAAUGCAACUAACUAAAGGAUGUGGACAGUCUUGGUGUAAUAAUAGAUAUUGUGUUAGUUCAGGGAAUGGAGAUCCUCAGGUUGUAGGGAAGAGUAUUAAAGAAGUAUUUCAAUUUAUUAAUGCAGAAUUACUACCACAAAUCUACUAUCCAACUUUGCCUAUUAAUAGUAAGAAUAAGAAUAAAACUAAAAAUGAUGGUGAUAAGACCCUUAAUAAAGUAUGGUUCUGUGUGACAGAAUCGUUAGCACACAAGAAACUGUUACUAGAAGUCUUAAUAGAAGAGAGAAUUUAUGAGCCAGAAAUGAUAUACAAGGCAGUCAAUGAGAAUAGUAAUGAACAGAGUAUAAGACAAUGGUUGAGAGAGCACCAAGUGAAAUAGUAGUAGGUUGCAACUUAUAAAUAGCAAUAGAUAAAAAAAGCAAUUACUCAUCUCUACUUUUACCUGAUUGGGACAAAUGGCGCACAGCGGAAAAAUGCUCACUGUGGAGCCAGCCAACCGGCACGCGAACAGCACCCGUACCGUAUCAUACUAUAGAAUGUACUACAGUAGUAUCAUAGUUUAUAGUAUAUAUAGUGCUAGUAUAUUAUUGUAUUAUGUUGUAGUAUAUGAGAAGUAGUAGUAGUAGUAGAUACACUAGUAGUAUAUAGAACACACCACUGAAUACAAAGAAAU